AUGUUACUGAUCUCCAGCGUUAUGCGUAACCCUCGCAACGUUCGUGAAUACGACGUGGUGGUUUUCCAUUGUAAAGAAAAGCAAGAUAAUGAUGUUGUUGAUGAUGAUGUCGAUGAUUAUGAUGUUGACGAUGGCGAUGAUGAUGAUUAUGGUGAUGGUGGAGACAAUAAUGAUAAAGAUGAUGGUAAUAGUGACAACAAUACUGAUGAUUACGGUGAUGAUGAUGACGAUGAUGGACGAUAA